GAGAAUACUUCUCUUCAUCAUCAACAUCAUGCAGCGGAUUGGUCUGCUGCUGCUGGGUGUUAUCUCAUUGGUGGAGGGGGAGGUUGUUGAUUUCUUUCAUAGAAGUUGUCCUGACUUCUUCAUUAAGGACCAGAACAAACCUGUCACUCCCACUGUAGUGGGGGAUGUAUCUAGGUACAAGCAGAUCUGCCAGAUCUACGAUAACCUGUACAGGUACGCCACUCUCUACGACAUCAAGGAGAGGAUCCCUGUGUACUCAGCCUACAUCUUUUCUGGGUAUGCCCAACUAGACCGAUGCUCAAGACCAUGGAUGAUCGAGCCUCAGCUCGAAGACAUAAGCAGAGGGAAAGAGAUGACUACUAAAAGAUAUGCAGGUGGACCAGUGGGUCCAAAUCAGGCUGUUGACGGCGACUACAAAAACUCAGGUUACAACAGGGGACACGUUUACCCCCACUGCCACAACUGUGAUGAGGACCAGGCUGAGUCAACCUUCACCCUCACCAAUGCUGCCCCACAGACAGGACCAGACAACAUACAGUGGUACAAUGAGGUGGAGAAAAAAGUAAUUGACAUUAUCGAUAAUCUCUGUAGAUUAAACACAGCCCAUGUAGUGACUGGGGUCAUUCCAGGAACCAAGUAUAUAAACUUUAGAGUGAAUAUUCCGAGUUAUUACUGGUCAGCUUUUUGUUGUAAAGACAAAAACAGCAAUUCAUUUAUCUCACGGGGAUACACGUUAGAGAUGAAUGAGAAAGGGACUGCAAAAGCUGAACAAUGGUCAUUAGAUCGCCUGAAUACUGCUCUUGGAAAUGGGUACAAAUUCCUAUUUCAGGUGUUUGGGACACUUAAAGGCUGUUCUUAAAGCUCACACCCACAACACACAAACAUGCCUCUCAAGGUAGAUGUGGUGGUAUGUGUAACCUUUCUAAUAAUGAUGACUAUUUGCAACGGUGUGUGAUCAUUAACACAUACCUAACAGGGUGGAAGGGGAAUCAGUAUGUGGUAUGUGGAACCAAACACAAACUACUUGAUCGUACAGAACAGGUUGCGUUACCAACUCUCAGUACAUUUACAUUCAUUUAGCAGACGCUUUUAUCCAAAGCGACUUACAAUUGCUAUACAUGUCAGAGGUCACACGCCUCUGGAGCAACUAGGGGUUCAGUGUCUUGCUCAGGGACACAAUGGUGGAUGUGUCACAGUGGGAAUUGAACCCGGGUCUCUCACACCAAAGGUCUUAUCCACUGCCAGCCCAUACCUGUAUGUGAUAAUAAACACACAACUGUAUGUGAUAAA